CUUAGGGCCCGCUUGCGUUUAGUCCUCCGCGGAGAAGCGGGGUCUCGGAGCGAUAUGAGUCCGCCGGUGAUUAAACCUCCCGUCGCUACAGGAUCAAAGUCCUUAGAUAGACCAUGGCCCUGAGAGCAUGUGGCUUGAUUGUCUUCCGAAGACACCUCAUUCCCAAGAUGGACAACAGUGCGAUUGAGUUUCUACUGCUGCAGGCAUCAGAUGGCAUUCAUCACUGGACUCCUCCCAAAGGCCAUGUGGAACCAGGAGAGAAUGACUUGGAAACAGCCCUGAGGGAGACUCAGGAGGAAGCGGGCAUAGAAACAGGCCAGCUGACCAUCAUUGAGGGAUUCAGACGGGAGCUCAAUUAUGUGGCCAGGGGAAAGCCUAAAACAGUCAUUUACUGGCUGGCGGAGGUGAAAGACUUCAAUGUGGAGAUCCGUCUCUCCCACGAGCACCAAGCCUACCGCUGGCUGGGGCUGGACGAGGCCUGCCAAUUGGCUCAGUUCAAGGAGAUGAAGGCAGCACUCCAAGAAGCACACCAGUUUCUCUGCUCCACAGAGGCCUGAGAUGACUGAGCAAAGUCAUUUGCUUCUUUUUCUUUUUUUUUUUUUUAAAUAUGACCGGUAAGGGGAUCUUAACCCUUUGACUUGGUGAUGUCAGCACCAUGCUCUCCGAAGUGAGCAAACCGGCCAUCCCUAUAUAGGGAUCCGAACCCAUGGCCUUGGUGUUAUCAGCACCACACUCUCCCAAGUGAGCCAUGGGCUGGCCCUCAAAGUCAUUUGCUUCUGUAGGGUCCUUGACAGCCUUCCCUUCAGGUCUGGGGAAGGUUGUACUGGUCUUUGGCUGAUCACAGCCAAAAGCAGAUAGGUUAGUGAAAUCGGCUCAGGACUCUCAGAUGAGAACAAGCAAAAAUCUCAGCUGGAUGGAAAGGCAAAGCAGCAAAAAUAAAAAGGCCGGACCCAGUAGGUGAAUCCUUGUACUUUACAAAUAAACCUCAAGCAGCUUAUCUGUCCUUCUAA